AGUAGUCAAAUACAAACUUAAAUAGGCAAAAUAUGUUGACAAUUUCACAUCAGAAUGUGAUCAGAAUACUCGCGCUCCAAGUCAAAUAUGCUACAUUGGCUAAACUGUGGACAGCGAUAAUUCGUCUAAUUUAAAGGAGUAAAUUGUAGCCUAUAGAGGCUAUAGGCUAUAUCUGAGUGUCACCUGCCAUAAUAGUAGGUUGAUUGUCAUUACUAUAGGUAACAUAUUAGCUUCAUUACUUUGUAAGAUUGGAAUUUGAACUAUUAAUCGAAGAAAGGUUCAAUUCGUAAGGGAGAGAUUCUCUCGACUAACCGAUGCUGCGUGGAUGUGGUUAGAGCGCUAUUGAGCAGAGGCAACAGCAUCAGCGUGCGCUCAGACAGACGCUGGCAUCUCACGAGCCGGAGUUCCGAGAGCAGUCAUCCGUGUGUUUUGUCGCUUUUGGGACCAUUGUUGUCCUCUAUUGUCCCCUCUUUUCGUUUGAUCUAGACACGAAAAGGAAACCAUUCGGUAUAUGAUGAUAGCCUAAUAUGCUUUUUUUGAAAUUGGAGUACUUUUGGUGUGGAAUGUUAUACGCAUGAAGCCAGGGUCUCUUCUCUACGUUGGAGCGCAUGUCAUGUUUUCAAUGGAUUUGAAUAGAGUGGAAAUACCUUGGAAAUAAAAUUAAGUUUUGUUCAAAUCAAAUUGCAGUUGAAUAUUCUUCACGUGGACAGAUACACAAUGAUUCUUACCACUCUUUACGUCGUUUUGUCUCUUUUAGAUGUAUUGUCGUUUGCCCAAGAAAACGUCUUAUCUGGAGCGAACCGUCUCGAUUGUGUCAAAGCGAGCGAGCAGUGUCUGAAGGAGCCGGGCUGCAGCUCCAAGUACCGGACAAUGAGACAGUGCAUAGCCGGGAAGGAGAGCAACUUUAGCAUGGUGUCCGGACUGGAGGCGAAGGACGAAUGUAGGAGUGCCAUGGAUGCGCUCAAACAGAGUCCCCUGUACAACUGCAGAUGUAAAAGAGGGAUGAAGAAGGAGAAGAACUGCCUGCGUAUAUACUGGGGAAUCUAUCAGACAUUGCAAGGGAACGAUUUCCUCGAGGACUCUCCGUACGAAACGGUGAACAGCCGUCUGUCUGACAUAUUCCGGUUGGCUCCAAUUAUUUCAGAGGGAGGGGUUGGUGCAGAGCCCUGGAGCAGUCCGGCCAGCUCGGCCCCAGGGAGGGGCCCUCAGGGCGGGGGAGCCCAGGGCAGAGCCCCCCUGGACAGGGACCGGGGAUUGGAUCUCCAGGACCCCAGUAGAAACAGAAGGGCUCAUCCAAAUUGGGCUCUACUCGUGACAGGCCCUGAUGGCUUCGUCCAGUGUGGCAGAGCGCUGUACUCUGUCUGCCAGCCUGUGGAGUGGCUCUACUUAAACCAUCGAUGGCGCACUGACCUCCUCUCUCCUCUCCCCUCCACAGGGAAUGCCAUCCAGGCGUUCGGUAAUGGGACUGAUGUGGGGGUGUGGCAGCCCAUCCCUCCGGUACAAACAACCACCUCUACCACCACCCCCUACCAGAAGACCAGGGAGCGCUCCCCCAACUCUCUGGAUGCCGCCGCCACGCACAACAACCACCUCAACACUGGAGACCAGAGCAUCUACCACUUCUGUGGCAGCCUACAGGCUCAGAAACUGAAGUCCAAUGCUACUAUUGAUGGAGUGUUGUGUGUGGACCCUCAGAUAGACGACCCUGGAACAUCCACCGCCAUCUUGGGCUCAGCCACCCCGAGGACCUCUAUGCUGCCCCCUCAGGCCUGGAUCCUGUACUGCACCCUGGUGGCGCUCUACCCAGCGGCCGUCUUGUAGCCGCGCCGGCAGUCACAAACACACAGACUGACAACACUUUGUACAAAAAAAACAAACAUACAAGAAACAACAUUCUCUGUUCCCAGUAUACCUGUUGUGUUUUUCUUUCCCUGGUUCCCUGACUCCUUUCUUGAAUUCUGGUUUUUAGAGGCUUACGUUGACGCAGUGUGCUAAAGUGAUCUUAACGUGCUACUCGGUUUUGCUCUGUGUUUCCGUGAAAGGGAAAACGUUUUCCGUCGCGGAAUCGGCAAUCUUAAGCGCAGAAGACGCGUCGCGGCAGCGCCGUACAUAACCGCAGGUGUCUUGGGGUCAUGACCCACUGCACUGUGCAACCAUGAGAUAGUCAUUUAGCACUGUGCAUCUAUAUUGAGGAGGCGUCUUUGAGACAAGAUGUCCACUGUCACUUCUUCAAAGAGUGGUUCAAAUGAGGUAGGCAUUUAGAUGUAACUAUAUCUCAUCUGUGAUGUGUGUGUGUGUGUUUUGAAAUGGUGUAUGCCAUGCUUUCACAUUAGAAGGAGUAAAGGGGUCAGGAAGACAAAUAGAGCAAAGGAUUCCUUACAUUUCCCCAAGAGUGAUCUCCAAGGAUUGGAAUCUUCAGUCCUAAACGACCAUCGAUCAGUUCUUCAGCCAUCUUGUCACAUGCUCCUCAACCUGCUUUGUUACUCCCAUAGCCUGAGCUGAACCCUUAACAUGUUUGAGCUCUGAAUCACACACACACACACACAAGCAUGCAAAGCACACAGGCAAAGACUAGCACACACACACAGCCUGUUUAUCUUUACCCUCGAAACUUGUAUAUUCAGCUAUUAUGUAGAGGAGUUCAGUAGGCCUAUAACAACAUCUAGUUCAGGACUUCUCUCAGCUAGAUAUAAGGAGAUCAUAGGUAAGGUAGAUCACGAUGGAUUGAAGACACUAUGGCAGGACACUAUUCAAAGCUUUGCUGGUACACAAAGUAAUCAACUUCAGCAGGUGUGGGAGUUUCGUAAGCUUCAAUGCCUAAAAGCGUUCCGGACGGGGAGCAGGUUGAGUCCUUUCAGGCGUGAGACUCGCAGGGGACAUGAAGGCCCUGUGAUAGGAAGUGGUGUUCCUGACUCUCAUAGCCGUUGCUUUAUAAUACACUACUAUUACGCACACUUUCCUCCACACAGCCCAGCCAUCUGUUCAGCAUAGUGUCACAUUGACUUGACAAUGGCGAACCUGUCAUUCACGUCGGGGCGCAGACAAGAUGUCCUCAUCACAGAGUGCAGAUACAAACUGUACCAUGUGACCCCUCCCCCCACCCGAUACGUAAACGAUCGUGUUUUGUACUGUAUGUCUAUCCUGAUCAUCUCCAGGGAAAGUAUCGGCGUUGUCUCAUAACCGUGUGUAAUUCUCUGAAGUAAUGUUCCAAAAAAAGUUCAGCAUUUCAUCAUGUUUUGGGAUCAAACGUGGAACCUAUUCCGACCCAGCACACAGUCACCUCACGCAUACACGUAGCAUGUGAAGCAAAUUGCGUUAGUCAUUGGAACAGUUAAAAACAUUUAUGACAUGCUGCUUGGUUUUAUGACAUGCUGUGUGGCUUUUCAAAAACGUAAUGUAUAGUACACAUUAUUUACAGGGCAUUACAAUGAUAUAUGUAUGUACUUGAUUGAAACUUGUAAUUUGGACAAUAAAUGUCUCAUUAUGAUAUUCUGUUUGGGAGCACUACGAGCCAUUUUUUUAUUUAGAUAACAGAAUACACCGAUUUAAACUCGAUUUUCUUUUUUUCCAUAUAAAACAUAUGUAUCCCCCAAUUUACUGUAUAUAACUUGCAUUGGAAAAGGAGGACAUAAAUGUAUGUGUGCCCAGCUAUGUUUCCUAAGCAAACUAAUGAUGUAACAUAUGCCCACUGAAGAGUGAAGUUGGCUGUCUCAUAUUAUUUUGGGGAUGUACCUUGUUAUUUUUCUAUCUUUUAUUUUUCUGGCCUUUAUUUCUAGUUUCUAUAUCAUGCUUUAGGACCAUUGACCAGGAUAGCCUGGUCACACAAUUCUGUGUGCUUUAGGACAUGCUCUGUGGACUGCAGUGACUGUUCUGUGACAUCACAACACAUGGGGAGGGGCCUAGCUCACCGCUAAAGCACAGACACGUGCGGACAGAAGCUUCUACAGGGCUGCAGUUAUAGAAUAUUGCAUGGAUGAUGAGAAACGCAAUAACAGAGCAUAAGAGUUUGAAUCUGAUCCAUGGGUGGGGUCAACAUGCCUUGGGUGGCUUCAUCUAAUUGGCCACUGGUGUCAAAGCUUCGGGGUGUCCAGCUGAUAGUUUCAGAGACGAGGUGAAUGUGUUCGUAUGAGGGGUGCUGGACGGCCAUCUUAAAUAUUCCACAUAGAAAAACGGUGCAGAGUAUAUUUGUAUUCAUCUCCAUGAUGUCGGUUGUUUAAAAUAGAAAA